AAUCCAACGGGGAAACCUGCGGCUCCUGCGCGAGACCUGACGCCCAAUUCCAGAAAGUUGUGAAGUUUAUUUGAUCUCUAUUUAUCACAACAAUUCACUGUCCACCACAUCAAGAGAAAGCCCGCAGCGAUGUCUAAAGAUCAGAAGGAGGCCAUGAAUAUAUAUUGUGUAACACUCAAUGGACCUGCUCCCUGGGGUUUCCGUCUUCAGGGAGGCAAGGACUUCAACAUGCCCCUGACCGUUUCCAGGCUGAACCCAGGGGGAAAGGCAGCCCUGGCCGGAGUGGGUGUUGGAGAUUGGGUGGUGUCCAUCUGUGAUGCCAAUGCAGAGGAGAUGACCCAUGUGGAGGCACAGAACAAGAUCAGAGCAGCAGCUGACUCCCUUACUCUCACUCUGAGCAGAGCUUUCCAUCCUGCUGGAGGAGAGCAGAAGGAUUCACUUACACCUGCAUCCAGUCAGCCCAAGUAUUCGUUUGCACCCAGCACAAGCAUAAACAAGAUGGCGCGGCCAUUCUCCGUAGCCCCUGGCAAUGCCAGCAAGGGGCCUGUCAUCAAGCCGGUGUCAUACGCCCCCAAGCAUAACACCAGCUCGCAGGUGCCGAGCAGCACGCCGCAGCCUCACAAUGGUCACGGAGUAACUCCCUGUCCUGCCAAAUCCAAGCCAGCGGAUAAACCUGAUGAAGUUCAAGUGCCAGCCACAGUGCCAACAAGAUCUGGUCCAGCCUGUCGCCCCCCAUGGGUGACGGAUCCCGGUUUUGCCGAUCGCUACCACCCGGAAAAAACCAGCACUGUGUUGACGCAGCACACGCAGCCAGUCCAACCCACACCCAUGCAGAACCGCAGCUCAAUCCUGCAGGCAGCGCAGCAGAGCCCUGAAGACACCAGCGGCUGCACCCCGCUCUGCGCCGCAUGCAACAAGAUCAUCAGGGGACGCUACGUGGUGGCGCUCGGCCGUUCCUGGCACCCAGAAGAGUUCUCUUGCUGUCAGUGUAAAAAGCUCUUGGAUGAGGGGGGCUUCUUUGAGGAAAAGGGCUCCAUUUACUGCACCAAGUGCUACGACAACCGUUAUUCACCCAACUGUGCCAAAUGCAAAAAGAAGAUAACUGGGGAGAUCAUGCAUGCUCUGAAGCUGACCUAUCACGUCCAGUGCUUCCUGUGUGCUGCCUGCAAAAUGCCCAUCAGGAACCAGGCAUUCUAUAUGGAGGAGGGAGAGCCAUACUGCGAGAGAGACUAUGAAAAGAUGUUUGGUACCAAGUGCCAUGGCUGUGACUUCAAGAUUGAUGCAGGGGACCGUUUCCUAGAGGCGUUGGGCUACAGCUGGCAUGACACUUGCUUUGUCUGUGCCAUCUGUCAAAUUAAUCUGGAGGGAAAGACGUUCUUUUCCAAGAAAGACAAGCCACUGUGUAAAAGCCAUGCCUUCUCUCCAGUAUGAGGCUCCGACACUUUUCUUCAGGGGAUAGGGGAAAGAAUGGAGAUUGGGGGGUCUACAUGCCAAACAAGACUAAGUACUUGACCUGAAGCCUGUAACAUAUGGCUGACAUAUGAUAGACUGAUGAAUAUAGUAGCUACGCUGGCUUUCACUUUGAUCUGCAUUCACAAAGAAUGUGUCAUUCAGUAAAGCAUGGACCUGAAUUUUUAGUAGUUUGCUUAGCAGGUAGACUGGCCUCAGUUUUGCUGUUGUGAUGCCAGUCAUUCAACUGGAAUGAGCAGCUUACAAACUGUUACAACCACCACUGGUAGGUAUGGAUAACAUGGUAUUUUGAAGUAUUUUAGCUGUCCCUUCUUGACUCCUCUCCACCUCAAAGAAUACUUACUUUCAGUAUUAAUGACGUUUCUUACACACCUGAAAUCUGAACCAUUGUAUGUUCCUCUUAUGUCCCACUAAGCCUCCAUGGCUCGGUUAUCUUUACGUACACUUAUAAUAGAAGUUAUAAUCAACUAAAGAUCAACUAUAAAUGAGGCUGACAAAAUGUACAGUCAUGAAGAGAGAUGUCUGGGCCAUAUUUCACCUCAAAAUAAAGAGAUAAGUAUAUAUAUAUAUAUAUAUAAGUAACUAGAAGAAAUCAUCUAAAAUAUAAAAUAAUUAUAUAUGAAUUAAUGAAUUAAAUCAAAUGAAUUAACAUUGCAAAAAUGGGAAUAAGAAAAUAGCCUUUAAACAUCCAGACAUAUUACAGUAAUGAGAAUUUUGUAGGAAAAUGUUUGUAAUGAAAAUACUGUCAGAAUGAAAAAUAAAUAAAAAAUAGUCAUACUAAAAUAGGCUUAAUUUUUGUUGGCCAAAACUAUAUAUACAUACAUACAUACAAUCUGUAUACAAAAACCUGGACCUGUUUUUGUAAGAUUCACCCCUCUCAUCUACACCCACAUGUGUAGUUAUCGUCCAAAGUCCUAUCCUCUCGUCACAAAAAAGGACAAAGCUGUUUCCAUAUAAUGAGUGAAGCAGUGUAGUUCUCUUCGGAGCCAUACAAUCUGUAUUGUAGACUAAAGCAUUGAACAUGUGAUCUACUCAGACAGGAUCUGAAAGUGGCCCCUCAAUCCUCUAGAUGCUGUUCAGCCUACUUUCUCUCUGCCUGAUUUGCUGUGCUUGGGUACUUAAGGUAAUGGCAAACCACAGAGGAAUAAAACACCCCUGGCAGCUGCACUGAAAUACAUUAGCACUGAUUGCAUGCAUUUCAUCCUGACCCACCCAAUGGUCUCUACAUGGCUUCAAUACUAAACACGCCACAUUCAUCUGUUCUAAUCAGACAGGUAGUUCUAAUUAAGGAAAGGACUAUGAUACCAUCAAAACGGUGUUUUCAUUGGAUGCAAAUGAAACCUGCUGUUAUAUGGUCACCCAUUGACUAAGAGCAUUUGUUCAUAUUUCCUUUAUUGUCUUAUUAAAAAAAAUCUGUGUGGCCAGUUCAGAGUUUUAAGGGGUGAAUAUUACAAAAACAUGUCAAGUUAACACAUCAUCCCAAAAUCAAACAAAAAAAAAAAUAUGAUGAAAAUGUACUUUAUUUUAGGACCAUUGAGAUUCACAAUGUCAGUUGUGAUUCUCAAUAAUGCAACGUUAUUGUAUAAGAUCAUUAUUUAUGUAAAUCAGUAAAAAUAUGCGUUUUAGAUGUACAAUUCAAAUAUAUAUUAUAUCUUUUUUUUUUUUUUUUUUUUUUUGCAUAACUGUAUUGAGAAUUAGGUGGGUGUGUGGGGUGCUUUAUUGUCAUUAAUGUAAAUAUAUAUGCAAAAUAAAUAAAUAUAUACAUGCAUACACAGUGGUCAUAAAAAUAGGCAUAAUGUUCCUUAAAUCAAAAUAUAAUUAGAUUUAAUAUUUCUUUCUUUAGAUGUUGGGGUGAACCAUGACCCAGGCAUGUUCUUAAAAGAAUAGCUCAAUCGAUGGCAAAUCACUUUGUGUAUAUAACGACAUAAAUAAAAUCUUCUUUACAAUGAGGCACCUAUAAUGGAAGUGAAUGGGGCCAAUCCAUAAACAUUAAAAUGCAAACUGUUUCAAAUGUAUAACCACCAAUACAGAACCAAUAUUCAUGUUUGCAUGAUUUUAGUGUGAUAAAAUCACAGACUAACCUUAUCAGUGUAACGUUAUAGCCAAUAUUACAACUUAGUUGCAAUGACAAAGCAACACUAAGCCCUACAAGCUAUUUUAACACUAAAAUCAUGUUAACUCGUAUAGUGUUUACAUCUUUGGCAAUACUUAAAAAAAAAAAAAAAAUAUGUGUAGUUUAAUGUUAAUGAAUUGGCCCCAUUCACUUCCAUUGUAAGUGCCUUACUGUAAAUACAGUUUUUAAAUAAAUGAGGGAUGAGUAGAAAAUAUUUAUUUUGUGGUAAUCAAUUGUGCUUCAAAUGCUGUUGAUUGAGCCUAACUUGUAUUGAACCAGGAACAUUCCUUUAACAGGUUUUGUAAGAUUCUUUAAAAGGAGUCUGCAAGUUGGUAAUGGAAGCACAUCUAUGCCAUUAGGGAACAAAAAGUCUUUUUUGGAGCUACUGUAGUCUCUAUAGAACACCUGUACCACAGUGUACAUGUAAUCUAUUAUGCUAGUCUGUAUCCCCUCUCUCCAGUCACAGUAGCUGUUUUUAAUAUAUUUUGGUACAUUUCUGUGUGUGUGUGUGUGUGUGUGUGUGUGUGUGUGUGUGUGUGUGUGAGCGUGUAUUUAUCACUUUGUGGGGACCAAAUGUCCCCAUAAGGAUAGUAAAACCCGAAAUUUUUGACCUUGUGGGGACAUUUUGUUGGUUCCCAUGAGGAAAACAGCUUAUAAAUCAUACUAAAUUAUGUUUUUUGAAAAUGUAAAAAUGCAGAAAGUUUUCUGUGAGGGUUAGGUUUAGGGGUAGGGUUAGGUUUAGGGGAUAGAAUAUAAAGUUUGUACAGUAUAAAAACCAUUAUGUCUAUGGAAAGUCCCCAUAAAACAUGGAAACACAACAUGUGUGUGUGUGUGUGUGCACCAGAUGCUGCCAGGAACUUCAAUCCCAUCAUUCCCUUUUCACAAUCUCCUAUGCCCAAUAAACACAACACUCCAAUAUCGUGCUCUUAGAAAGCUAUAUAUUUGAGCUCCUUUUUUUUACUUUUUUUGUAUUGACAAUGUUUUAUGUAUCAAGUGCCUUUUUUUAUAGCUUUGCAACCUUAAACUAGUAGGCUAUGUGUGUGUGUGUGUUUCAAAACUGCUGUAUAUUUGUGCACAUUGAGAUGUUUCUAUGUGAAAUUAUGUUAGACAUUUAGUCAAUAAAUCACUUGCA